GAAAACGAUUUUUAUCGUGAAUCGUGCAUGUGAACACUUAUCAAAUUGUUAAAUUACGUGCUUCAUUCAGUUAUCUGUGAAAAUUGUGUGGAGUGGAAAACCUUUAGGGAUACUCAGGUUAUCGAAAAGUUGCAGUCAACUACGAGAUAUAAUUCAAAUGUUCCUAUUACAAACUUUCAACAGGGAUCAUAAAUUAAUAUGAUGCACUCAUAAAUAUUUAGAUAAAUGCAUAGUGCACAUGCAAUUGAUGAGAUGACAUUUGAACUGUGGAGAAUUAUCAUGAAAUUAACAUAAGUGUUUUGUCUCUGCCAAACAUAAUACCAUUUACAUAUAUUUACAAAGAUUUCCUUGCGUCUAGACCAAAAUGUCUUUCACCAACAUAGAUGAGAGAAUUUUCAGACAAUCUAGAUUGGGAGUAGCUAGAAACCUUUUUGAUGCUGAAGUGCCUCAUAGGAUAGCCAGCUAUGAUAGAUUCAUCCCUUAUAGAGCCAAUAACAACUGGGAAACAAGUUUCUCUACCAUUCCAGACCCAAAUAAGAAUACCCCCACUGGGAAAAAAGCUAGAGAAACUGGUGAGAAUGCUAGAGACAGUUCAGUGUACAAUAUCUUAUUAAGAAAUGAACUACUUGGUGAAAAUAUUGAAGAUGUUAAGUCACAGUGUGAUGAGAGACAGGCUUUGACGCCAGUGAAAAGUAAAAAUCUUUUUAAAUAUGGGACUCCUUCCAAGUUAAUGAAGGGCGAGUAUUGUUUAGAAAUUUUCACGCUCGUUAGUCCGUACUCCUUGUCGCCUCUGAGCACGAGCAGUCAACGCCUGCUACGAUCGCCGCAUAAGGCCACCCGCAAGAUAUCGCGGAUACCCUUCAAGGUCCUGGACGCUCCAGAGCUGCAGGACGAUUUCUACCUCAACCUGGUCGAUUGGUCCGUGCAGAACGUGCUGAGCGUCGGCUUGGGCAGCUGCGUGUACCUUUGGUCGGCGUGCACGUCGCAAGUGACGCGCCUGUGCGACCUCAGCAGCGACGGCAACGUCGUGACGUCGGUGGCGUGGAGCGAGCGCGGCCAUCUGGUGGCCGUCGGCACGCACAAUGGCUACGUCACCGUGUGGGACGUGGCCGUCAACAAGCAGGGUGGGAGCCCUUGCAUGGAAUGGGGAUGUGCUGAGCUCAGGCAGCAGGGAUCGGUUGAUCCUGCAGCGGGACACGAGGACGCCACGUUUAAGCUUACGAACGUGACGGAACGCCGGCUGGUCGGCCACCGACAGGAAGUGUGCGGCCUCAAAUGGUCGCCCGACAACCAGUACCUCGCGUCGGGCGGCAACGACAACCGGCUGUACGUGUGGAACGCGCAGGCGCUGUCGCCCGUCCAGACGUACACCGACCACCUGGCGGCCGUCAAGGCGAUCGCGUGGUCGCCCCACCACCACGGGCUGCUCGCCUCGGGCGGCGGAACGGCCGACAGCUCGGAGCUGAUCUCCACUCACGGCUACUCCCAGGAUCAAAUCCUCGUGUGGAAGUAUCCCAGUGUGACGCAAGUGGUCAAACUGACAGGGCACUCCUACAGGAUGCUCUACUUGGCGAUGUCGCCCGACGGGGAGGCCAAGCGCUCCCAAGUAUGCAAUCUGGCGUGGUCCAAACACAGCUCGGAGCUGGUCUCCACGCACGGCUACUCCCAGAACCAGAUCCUCGUGUGGAAGUACCCCAGUCUGACGCAAGUGGCCAAACUGACAGGGCACUCCUACAGGGUGCUCUACUUGGCGCUGUCGCCCGACGGGGAGGCCAUUGUGACGGGGGCGGGGGAUGAGACGUUGCGUUUCUGGAACGUGUUCAGCAAGGCGAGGUCUCAGAAAGAGACCAGGUCCGUGCUCAGUUUGUACACCGGUAUACGCUAGACGCUAGAGUCAUAGUUUAUUUAUACAUACAAUGUGUUUCAAAAGUAAGGUGGAGUAUCAAAAGGGGCGAUUUUUGGGUUGAUUUUGAGAAAAAUGCCUUCAUAUAAACGUAUGCCCUUAAUAGCCCCUUUGAAUAUUUGGUCAUACUUUUGAAACAAAUUGAACUUUAUUUUUACUUCCAUGAAGUAUUCAUUUCUCAUUGAUAAAUUCUACAAUGCAUUGAUAUUUAUAGUGAUUUUGCGCUUAGCAUGCAAUUUAUAUUUUUGUGGAGAAAGCUUUUGACUGAAGUCUAAAAUAGUUUGAUAAUAUCUUUCUUUCUAUUACUGGUGUACAUUCUAAGUAUAAUAUUACCUAUAUCUACAUUCCAAAUAAGAAUAUAGUAGAUUGAGCUGCCUCUGAAGGAAUGGUAAACUGAGGAAAUGAAUAUAUGACGCCUAAUUCAAAAUCAUAAUGAUUUGACAGUUUUUGUUGUUUUUUUUUUACAUGAAAGGCACUUCGCAGAAAAAUUAAAUGACGGGAAAUUUCCAAGUCAUAGUUGAUUUUUUGAAACAGAAAUUAUAUUUGAAUCAUUAUUUUUCUAUUUUUACAGUUGUUUUGCCAACACUGUAUAUUAUGUUCACCUGAAAGGUACUGAGAAAGAGGGGAAAUUUCAAACUUUGUGAUGGAAUAUGUUGAUUGAGGGUGAUAAAUCCAUUAUAGUGAAAAAUACCAAUUGCAUGAUUGGCGCAAAAUUACUUUAAUACAUUUUUAUGUAUUCAAUUUACGUAUAUAUAUAUAUAUAUAGGUUUAUUAUACACUUUACAUUAAAUGUGAUAAUUCCUUUUUUUUAUGUACAAAUUAGUUUGACCUUUAUCAUUUUUAGAAAAUUUUCUAUGAAAUGUGCUCUAGUGGAGUGAAUCUGAGGAUGAAAAAUAAGGUUUCGGAAAAAUUUUACCCCACAAAAUCAGUAUUUUUCCACUUUUUCUCAAGUAUAUUGGGAAAAAGUUUUUUUUUUCAUCCUGUAUCCAGAUUUGCUCCACUAAUUUUGUUACAAAGUAACAUUUGAAUGGGGUGUUUUGUUUGGGUACAUUUUUAAAUUAUAACAGAUGGGAAUCAUUAAAAUCUCUAUAGGGAGUGAGUCAGAUUUCAUUAUAAUAAGAAUAAUAUCCAAUUGUUUUGUCAAUAAUUGGGUGUUAUUUUUUGUUCUUUAUCCUCGAAUCAUUUUUAAUUGGGACGUCACUGGUGGAGGUUAUUUGGUGAAAAACCAUCUUGACUUAUCCUAACUUCAACUUUUUGUAUCUCAUUUUAAGAUUUAUUUUCCGAAUUUUUAUCAGAUGUGUCAGACAAUAAUUUGAAUCAUAAUGCUUAUCUAAUCUCCAGUUAUUUUAACCAGUAUACAAACAAAAUUUUAUGAGAAAAUAUUUGUUUCAAGUAACCCAUAUGACUUGAUAUACAGGGUCAUCUUUCGAAAAAUGUGACAUUUUUAUUUAUUAUUUAGUUUUGUGCAGCAUAAAUGAAUAAUUGAUCUGUUCUCAAAGAAAAUAUUUGGGAAAGUUCAAAUUGAAACUGGCUCACUCUGUAUAGAUUCCCAUCCAGAAUGGGUGAAUAGAAUUCUAUAGAUUUAUGUUUAUUAUUUUGAGUUUGACACUAGAAUGAGUUGUUUGGGGUUGAAAACCUUUUGAGUCACUAGAUAUUAACAGUUUUUCUUUAAAGAUACAAUAUGUUUAAAAAUUGAAUAGUAAAUAUAUUUUCCUACUGAAUUAUAUUAUUAAUUCUUAAAGCUGCAAUAUUAAUGUAUAAUUUUUUCAUCAAAGUGAUAAAUAUAUGAUUAUAUUGU